AUGUCUGCACCCCCUUCUCCUGAGGCAGCUUGGUCACUAGCUGGUAAAAUAGCUAUCGUGACGGGAGGAUCUCGUGGCAUUGGAGAAGCUAUUGCUGUUCAUCUGGCACGUAAAGGCGCCAGAAAACUAGCUAUUACUUAUGCCAGCAACCUCAAAGCGGCUGAGGCAACUCUAGAUACAUGUCGGGGCCUUGGUGUAGAAAAGGCAAUCGCAGUCCAGGCAAAUGCACUCGAUCUUGAUUUCGGCUCAAAGGUUAUCUCCCAAGUUCUCGAAAGACUCGAUACAAAGGUUAUCGAUAUAUUGGUCAACAACGCUGUUCUAACCGAUCCAACUAAAAUACUGCCGGUCAAGGAUACAACAUUAGAGAACUUCCUUGAGUUAAUGCAUGGGAAUGUGUAUGCACCAUUGUCACUGACAAUUCAACUUCUGCCACACCUGCCAACUUAUGGAGGCCGCAUUAUCAACAUCUCAAGCGUUCUCGGUUAUCAGGGCAACUCAGACCCUACUAUGACCUUUGGAGCGACUAAAGCUGCUUUGCAAGCCUAUACACGCUCCUUCGCUGACAGCUUUGGGAAAACAACGCAAGCUACGUUUAACAGUGUUGUCGUCGGCUUAACUGCCACUGAUACUAUUAAGGCUAGCCAGGACCUAAUGCCUCCAGGUUUUAUAGAUGGACAGAUUCGGAAUACAACGGCGGCGGAGAGAAUUGGUGUUCCGGAUGAUAUUGCUUAUAUAGUUGGAUUUCUGUCGAGUGAAGAGGGCCGUUGGGUUAAUGGUGCGGCGAUUAGUGCAAAUGGAGGAUAUAGACUUCUUAUGCCUGCCCUGGGCUAA